UAAAGUCCCAGCUACAGCGGGGUAGGGUUCGGCUCUAGUGCACUCGCAGCUGAAUCCCCCUGCGUGCCUUUACCUCCCAUUCACCUGAUUCUUCUUUUUCAAGUUCUGACGCAUCCGUUUCAUAGUUUUAUCUUCCUCGCUCUUUUACUCUUUCCUUUCUUCGCAGCUCAGCAUGCAGGAAAAAGAAGCCUCCCCACACGGAUUCCUGCCUAGGUUCCAGCAUUUCGCCACGCAGGCCAUCCACGUGGGCCAAGAACCGGAGCAAUGGACCUCCCAGGCUGUAGUGCCCCCCAUCUCGCUGUCCACCACGUUCAAGCAAGGGGCUCCUGGCCAGCACUCGGGUUUUGAGUAUAGCCGUUCUGGAAAUCCCACCCGAAAUUGCUUGGAAAAAGCAGUGGCGGCACUGGAUGGGGCUAAGUACAGUUUGGCCUUUGCUUCAGGUUUAGCAGCCACUGUGACUAUUACCCAUCUCUUAAAAGCAGGAGACCAAAUUAUUUGUAUGGAUGAUGUGUAUGGAGGUACAAACAGGUACUUCAGACAGGUGGCAACUGAAUUUGGAUUAAAGAUUUCUUUUGUUGAUUGUUCCAAAACCAAAUUGCUAGAGGCAGCUAUUACACCAGAAACCAAGCUUGUUUGGAUUGAAACCCCCACAAACCCUAGCUUGAAGAUGAUUGACAUUGAAGCCUGUGCACAUACGGUCCAUAAACAUGGAGACAUCAUUUUGGUUGUGGAUAACACUUUUAUGUCAGCAUAUUUCCAGCGGCCUUUGUCUCUGGGAGCUGAUAUUUGUAUGUAUUCAGCAACAAAAUACAUGAAUGGCCACAGUGAUGUUGUAAUGGGCUUAGUGUCGCUGAAUUCUGAGAGCCUUCAUAAUAGGCUCCGUUUCUUGCAAAACUCUCUUGGAGCAGUUCCAUCUCCUAUUGAUUGUUACCUCUGCAAUCGAGGUCUGAAGACUCUACAAGUCCGCAUGGAGAAGCAUUUCGAAAAUGGAAUGGCAGUUGCUCAGUUUUUGGAGUCGAAUCCUCACGUGGAAAAGGUUAUUUAUCCUGGGCUGCCUUCUCAUCCUCAGCAUGAGCUAGCCAAGCGUCAGUGCACAGGUUGCCCGGGGAUGAUCACCUUUUAUAUCAAGGGCUCUCUUCAACAUGCUGAAACUUUCCUCAAGAACCUAAAGUUAUUUACUCUGGCUGAGAGCUUGGGAGGAUAUGAAAGUCUUGCUGAGCUUCCGGCAAUCAUGACCCAUGCAUCAGUGCCUAAGAGCGACAGAGAAGUCCUUGGAAUUAGUGAUACACUUAUUCGACUCUCGGUGGGCUUAGAGGAUAAACAAGACCUACUGGAUGAUCUAGAUCAAGCUUUGAAGGCAGCUCACCCUCCAAAUGCAAGCUGCAACUAGCAUCCCAGAACUGCUGUUGGUGAUUGCUUCCUGAGACGAUCAAAUCUGAAUAAUCGAAUGGAUCAUUAAUGAGCCUCCACAGAAUUUUCAAAUGAAAAUUUUAAGGCACCUCAUUACCUUUCAUAGCUAUAAUCUUCUUGGAUCAUCCCUGUUUAAAAAAUCUCCUCUUUCCUUUAUUGUAACUGACUGGUCAAUUCUGUUCAGAUCUUUUUAUUAAUUUUGAUAUACAUGUGCCUCUGAAGGAGGUGAGAUUUGUGCUGCUAUUGGGGAUUGUGUUCUUUUUUUCACGUUGAAGAUUUAUAUUGAUCAUGUUUACAAUAUAAUGGUAAUGCAUUUUUGAUGUUUUCUGAGAAAUUUAAAUUAUUGAAUAAAUGUUCUUAAGUCAAGUGUGAUUUUUGUAUUGUUGAAAAUAGCACUCAAAGCAAUGGUUUACACUUAUCAUAAGCCAAAAAUCAAACAUCUGAAAAGUCUGUGAAAUUCUACUGAUUUAAGGUUGUACUUACUAUUUUUUUAAGAAUAAAUAUAAUUGCCACAUGUA